UAUAUUAUGUCACUACAUCAAUGAUCCUUGUGUGGAUACUACCGUUGAAGGAGAUAAACAUUACGAGCAUUUCGGUUUAUUUUAUUCGUUUAUCUUACAUUGCUGACACCGCCGUAGUAAUUUCCACUUAUUUUUACCUACGAAACUUGGAGUGUAGAUUUCAAGCGUUGAACGAUUUUUGGACACAACUUCCGGAUGGAUUGACGACGAUUCCCGCCAUUGCUGGAGGAUGGUCGAACGCCGAAAUUGUUACGAUGGUGGAUAACAUUCGACGGUUACACGCUGAACUGUCCGACCUGUUGAGGAUAUUCAGUAUGGGUUUCGGACUAAUGCUCUUCGGAUUCUUCGUAUUCAAUUACAUCAAUGUAAUUUUCAUAUUUUUCAAUUGGAUUCAUAUCGAUGAAUAUGAAACUACUUUUGAAUUAUUAACAUACUUGGUAUAUUUACAAAAUGCAAUUUUUGUUAUGACUGUUAUCAUCGCAGCCUCCCGUGUGAACGAUACGAAAAGGAAGAUGAUAUCAUAUUUACGACUGAUUAAGAUUUCGAUUUUACCCGUAGACGUAAAACUCCAAGUGAAAUUUUUUAUGAGCCAACUAUCAAUUUUUGAAGUGGAUAAAAUAACGGCUUUUGGAAUUUUCAACAUAAAUUUGAAUUUGGUUAUGUCAAUUAUAAUUCUUCUUAUAACUGGACUUACAACAUUGCUCCAGAUGAAAAAUCAACCAUUCAUGUUACAUUUUUGGAACGAUACACUACAAUUUUAUGCUAGUUUUACUAAAGAGUCUCAAAAUACAACUAGUUUGUCUUAAUAAAUUAAAAUCUAGUACCUACCUAUUUACU